GGCGUCUUAGGUCAAAUAAUGAGAGAAAAAAACAUUUGACAGUUGGAGUGAAUGAUACAUUUUCAAUUUCAUCUGGUCCCGUAGACCUACAAGUAUUAUUUCUGAUACGAAACUUGGGUAAUGCGACUUCUUUACUUUUACAAGUGUCGUAAUUAUUUUUAAUGAAAGAUCUUUUUGAAGAAAGAAGAUGACAGUGAAGCAAAUUGGGAGUCGGAAUGUACGAAAUCUUUCAUGUUGUCAGCCCCAACCAUCCAUGGCCGAAUAAGUUCCAGUUCAGUUCCACUUCCCUUAUCCUGCAGCGACCUGCAAAAGCCCACACUCUCUAUCUCCCCGCCCGGGAGUUUCUGAGGGGACCCCUACUCUGUAUAUGCAAUUUGUGUCGAAGCAGGCCGAAUCCAAAGCUAUACAACGCAGGGAAAAGGAUCUUUCUUUGUGUGAGCACUGUUUUUUUCAGUUUUUGGGGAAUGAGAACUGUGUAGUUAUGUGAAGAAAACUAUCACUAUGGUCUAAUUUCGAUUGUUUGGAUGGAUGUAUGCGAAUCGGUGCGGGCAUUUAGAAAGCAUACAAUAGCAGCAGCGACGCCAAGACAACCAUUGGUUCCUGCAGAAAAGAACAAUGAAGUUAUCACACGGUCUCCCUCGCGUUCUAAAAACAAGUCACCUUCUCCUUCAUCGUCGUCUGGUCCUCGGCGUUGCCCAUCACCAAGCAUCACGCGGACGGUUUCUACAUCUUCCCAAAUGGUUCUUAAAAGAGCCCAAUCAGCAGAGAGGAAGCGACCCUCCACACCUCCUUCUCCUCCACGCCCGGCCACACCAAUUCAUAGUUCACCUGCAGAUGUAGAGUUGCUAUCGAAAAAAAGGAUUGGCGGUCGAGCUGAGAGUUUAUGGCCUUCUACGAUGAGAAGUUUAGGCGCCUCAUUCCAAUCUGAUACAAUUUCUCCUGUUUGUAAGAAGGAAAAACCCGUGUUAUCUUCUCACUCUGAUCGAACUCUGAGGCCUUCUUCUAAUUUCCCAUCUAAGCAGGCUGAAACGCAAACUGUUGCACGGAAGCCCACGCCAGAAAGAAAGAAGAGUCCUCUAAGAGGUUUGAAUGGACAUGAUCAAUCAGAGAAUUUCAAGCCAGUUGAUGGGUCGCGGACUCAAUUCGUAGAUCAUCAGAGAUGGCGAAGUAGAGUUGGUGCGAAAGCGUCCUCCAAUUCAUUAAGUUGUAGCGUGGAUCUCUCCGAUAAAAGGGUCCCAAGCUUAAACAAGCCACUCAGAGGAAGCGGUUUAUCUCCUACAAGGGCAAUUACGGGCAAGACUAUGAACAAACCUUUACAGAAAUCGACCAGUGGUGAUGUGAGGCUAUCUUAUGUUGAUGGAAGGACUAGGGAAGAGUUUGAGACAACUUCAGCGAAUGACAACUCAAUGCAGGAAUCUGCAGCUAACAAGAUGGUUUCUUCAAGUUUAGCAGGCACUAAAAUAAUAACAAACCGAGUUGUCAGAUAUGAUUCGCCAAGUCUUGGCCCACGUCCAUCUUCACCUUCUAAGGCACAAGUAUUAUCCUCUGUUGCUAGAGGAGUUAGUCCAUCUCGAUUAAGGCCAUCAACUCCACCUUCUCGAGGAAUUAGCUCAUCACGAUCAAGACCUUCAAAUUCUACUCAAUCCAAUGCUUCCACUUCUGUACUUAGUUUCAUAGCAGACUUUAAGAAGGGCAAGAAGGCAGCCAGCUGCAUAGAAGAUGCUCAUCAGCUAAGGCUUCUAUAUAAUAGACAUUUGCAGUGGAGAUGUGCUAAUGCACGGGCAGAGGCUGUUAUGCGUAAUCAGGAGGUGACAGCAGAGAGAACUCUUCUUGGCAUAUGGAAUACAACACUAAAUCUUUGGGAUUCAGUAAUCAGAAAACGGAUCGAUCUCCAACAGCUGAAGCUAGAGCUCAAAUUGAUCUCAAUUAUGAAUGAUCAAAUGAGCUACCUCAAUGAAUGGGCUGUGCUUGAAAGAAGCCACAAUCGAUCCCUAUCAGGAGUCAUAGAGGAUUUGGAGUCGAGAACUCUUCGUGUUCCAGUAACUGGAGGAGCAAGAGCAGAUGCUUGUUCUUUAAAUGGUGCAAUUUGUUCAGCCGUUGGAGUGAUGCAGGCAAUGGGGUCCUCCAUUUGCUCCUUACUCCCAAGGGUGGAGGUAAUGCAGACGUUGGUUUUUGAACUUACUAUUGUCGCAUCCCAAGAAAAAGCUAUGCUUGAUGAAUGUGUAGCAUUGUUGGCUUCAACAGCGGCUUUUCAGGUCCAGGAACAGAGUUUGUGGACGCAUCUCAUACAAAUGAAACAAGGACUGGACAAGUGCUGCGAGUUUUAGGCGGUUAAAAGCAAGCUUCCUAACCUGACUGGCCCAGCUAGGCUAAGCAAGCUAACAACAAGACCCAUACAUUUCUAUUUGUCACCUCACUGAAAAUGAGUUAUUUCAUGAGUCUUCCCCCGCAUGUAAAUUCAUUUUUUAAAUUCAUAGCGGGAGUUUGUAGCUGUAAAUAUUUUCCAAUUUUAAUCUAUUUUAUCAUUUGAAAA